UCUCCUGCCUCAGCCUCCCGAGUAGCUAGGACUACAGGCGCCCGCCACCAUGCCCGGAGAACUUUUUGUAUUUUUCGUAGAGAGGGGGUUUCACUGUGUUAGCGAGGAUGGUCUUGAUCUCCUGACCUCGUGAUCCGCCCACCUCGGCCUCCCAAAGUGCUGGGAUUACAGGGGUGAGCCACGGCGCCUGGCCAAAAAAAAUAAUUUUUUUUUUUUUUUUGAGAUACGGUUUCACUCUUGUUGCCCAGGCUGGAGUGCAAUGGUGUGAUCUCGGCUCGGCCUCCCAAAGUGCUGGGAUUACAGGCGUGAGCCACCGCGCCCGGCCCGAAAAAAUUUUUUUGAAAGAAAGAAAAGGGAAACAAAACAGUCACCUACACCUUCGGACCAGUCACAAGAACGAUGGCACCGCCCUCCUCUCCGCCCCUCACCAACAUGGCCGCCCCCAAGGGAGUGGGCGGGUCUGCGGGGCGGAAGUGACGCACGAGCGGAACUCCGUCCUGCCACUUGACCGCCGGGCGCCUAGCUCAGCUGCUUCUGCGGGCUGCGAGGAGCCGGAUGUUGCGGGCUGGGUGGCUCCGGGGCGCCGCGGCGCUGGCUCUGCUGCUGGCGGCCCGAGUGGUGGCGGCUUUCGACCCCAUCACCGUGGGCCUAGCCAUCGGGGCCGCGUCGGCCAUCACCGGCUACCUGUCCUACAAUGACAUCUACUGCCGCUUCGCCGAGUGCUGCCGCGAGGAGCGGCCGCUCAACGCUUCGGCUCUCAAGCUGGAUUUGGAGGAGAAGCUGUUUGGACAGCAUCUAGCCACGGAAGUGAUUUUCAAGGCGCUGACUGGCUUCAGGAACAACAAAAAUCCCAAGAAACCACUGACCCUUUCCUUACACGGCUGGGCUGGCACAGGCAAGAAUUUUGUCAGUCAAAUUGUGGCUGAAAAUCUUCACCCAAAAGGUCUGAAGAGUAACUUUGUCCACCUGUUUGUAUCGACUCUGCACUUCCCUCAUGAGCAGAAGAUAAAACUGUACCAGGACCAGUUACAGAAGUGGAUCCGCAGUAAUGUGAGUGCAUGUGCGAACUCUGUUUUCAUAUUUGACGAGAUGGAUAAAUUGCACCCCGGGAUCAUUGACGCAAUCAAGCCGUUUCUAGACUACUACGAGCAGGUUGACGGAGUGUCUUACCGCAAAGCCAUCUUCAUCUUUCUCAGCAAUGCAGGCGGGGACCUUAUAACUAAGACGGCUCUUGACUUUUGGCGGGCUGGAAGAAAGAGGGAAGACAUUCAGCUGAAGGACCUGGAACCUGUACUGUCUGUCGGAGUCUUCAAUAAUAAACACAGUGGCCUGUGGCACAGUGGACUGAUCGACAAAAACCUCAUUGAUUACUUUAUCCCCUUCCUGCCUUUGGAAUACAGACAUGUGAAAAUGUGUGUGAGGGCCGAGAUGAGGGCCCGUGGUUCUGCUAUAGAUGAAGACAUUGUCACAAGAGUGGCAGAGGAAAUGACGUUUUUCCCCAGAGAUGAGAAAAUCUACUCAGACAAGGGCUGCAAGACUGUGCAGUCACGGCUUGAUUUCCACUGAGCUCCUAUCCAGAUGGGGUAGGAGACAGCUGGGAGGCUCCGCACACCAGAGGCCUUGCCUUUCAGAAGAACCCUGAAGACCGCUUUGGGGUUUUGCCUGUUUGCAGCUUAGACUUUUGGGAUAUAUAAUCUUUUUUUCUGAGACGAGGUCUCACUCCGUCAUCCAAACUGGAGUGCAGUGGUGCGACCCUCAACUCACUGCAACCUCCGCUCCUGGUUUGAGUGAUUCUCAUGCCUCAGCCUCCUGAGUAGCUGGGAUUACAGGCAUGAGCCACUGCCCAGCUGGGAUACAGAAUCUAAGAGUUCAUUUUGGAAAACACAUGAAUCUAUUGCAUGCAUUUGUCAUUUAGCAAGAUGACGACAGUCCAGCUGUUCUUUGCAGCUGAAGAUGAACUUUUAAAAAUCUCCUUCACACUUAAUGUACUGACUGUGACAGAAGUGCCUGAAAACAGCUGUGCAUGGCAGGCCUGGCAGUAGUUUCUGACCCACAGCACCCGCCACCUCAGAAGCUACUGUCAGAACUAAAGGAGUCCAGGGACUUGCUGCAGGCUGGGGGGCACUGGGUUCCCACCGGCAGGCUAGGGGGCACUGGGUUCCCACCGGCAGGCUAGGGGGCACUGGGUGGUUUCACCAGCAGGCUGGGGGGCACUGGGUGGUUUCACCAGCAGGCUGGGGGGCACUGGGUUCUCACUGGCCAAAAACAUCCUUUUGCUCUGUCUCGUUCUUUAUACAGAGUUCACUAGUCAGUUGAAAUCGGGGGUGGAGGUGCAGACGGUGUCUGACUGGAGGAUAUGGCUGUGCCCGCUGAGCACUCAUGAUCUGAGCUGACCUGUCUGUGGGGUGGGGCCUUCACCUAAGACCUCUGCAGCAGACCUGGACAGACAGGUCCCUCCUGUCUGCCAUAUCUCAGCUUGGCUCUCUGCUAGAGUCCCCCCAACCAUGUAUCAUCAUAGAGUUGAAUCACAAGGAGACCGUUGGCUUUGAAUUUGAGUCGUUGGUUCCCAUGGUGAGAUGCUUGUUAAGACUUUAUACUUGGGUCAAUCUCUCACUUUAUUUUGUAGAACCAUUUGAAAUCCUAGGAUGUGCUUGUUCUGCAAGGAUGACAUGGGCCCAGACUGAACAAGUCAGCUUGUAGAUCUUAAGUGAUGGAAGUAUAGGACAUUGCUUAUUUUAAAACAAGGGAAGGACACAAAAUGGAAUGACUGCUUAGUCCUUUCUCAUAUACUGUUAAAACAAUUUUUUAUUGUUAAAUUUGUGGUAAUACGUGGUCACAACCGUGGAUCAAACGAGGUCAGUCUAAAGUGGCAGGUCCUAGGUGUGACCUGAUACCACCACCCUUUGUGGCAUCACCAGGCUGGACUGCCCUGAUCCCUGGGACGUGAGACUUAGCUUCCAGCCAGUGUGAAUCAUUGUAUCUGUCUCAUAAUCACAGCACAGCUGCAGACACAACAACGUGCAGCAUUUUUUACAUAAAAAUACGGUAGAAUUAAUUUAUGACAUGGAAAUGCCUUACAGGGUAUCACACUUAGUCUUGAAAAAACACCAAGGUGACGUUUAAAAUUUUAAGUACGUAUCCUCGAAUUGGAGCUAAGUUAUACUUCUUUUAUAACCUUUUGGGCAUCUGGUCGAGAGGAGACAAGAUUUUCUCUGUUUACAGUGAUGCAAUAAAUAUGUGUUUGCCACCUUU